ACAGAGGCGAAAUAGAAGCAGACGCAGGGUAAUGCCCAGAGACCCAAGCAAGUUCAGCAUUUUUCCUCCAGUUCCGGGCCAGGAGAGCUCCUUGACUUGGGGAGGCAAGAAAUAUGAAGAAAUCCCAAUAGCUCACAUUAAAGCAACAUAUAACAACACACACAUCCAGGUGGUCUCUUCCAGGAAUGAGCCAUUGGCCCGAACUUCUUGUGGCACUGAAGGGUUCAAAAAUGCAAAAAAGGCCACAGGGAUUGCAGCACAAACUGCAGGCAUAGCUGCAGCCGCGAAAGCCACAGCCAAGGGAGUGCUCCAUGUCAGAGUGGUGGUGAAAGGCCUGGGCCCAGGGCGCUUAUCUGCCAUCAAAGGGUUGACCAUGGGGGGCCUGGAGGUGAUCUCAAUCACAGACAAUACCCCCAUCCCACACAAUGGUUGCCGUCCAAAAAAAGCCCGGAGGCUGUGAAGAAAACAGUUGGCUGUCUUGAAACCUGUUCCCAGUUUUCACCUUUAGAUUGACUUUAGGACAGUGCCGGGGCAGAACUUGGUAAAAUAAGUCAAGGACUCAACUGGUGAACAAAAAUGUGGUGAUUUCACCUGCAGAGAGUGAUAGAUAGAUACAAGUACGUAUUUUGAAUGUAUGCAAAAAACUGCAGUGCUCAUCGCAUCACUGUGAAGCAGUGCCUCUUUUGGACAGGAGGGGGUGCUGCAGGAACACUUCUGGCAAGUGUUGGCUGCUGAUGGUCUUUCCAACAGCCCUGACAAAAUAAAAUCUAUUUCUCCAUA